UCAUAUCCAUUUCUUCAAAAACAAAACAGCCCUAAACUUCACCAUUCCAUUCAUAACCCCAAUCGCCGAGCAUGGACGACAGUUUUAAAGUUCGUGUCGACAGAAUCUUCGGUUCUCUCUCUUCUUCAUCUACUUCUUCAUCCCCAGCCUUCAAUUCGUCUCUCACUUCUCUAUGGUGCCUUACGGACGACGAGAUCGAGCGGAGAGAGUGGAUCAAGGGUAAGGACGAGGAACAACCCGAACCGGAGCUCGAAUCGACCUCGUUCUUCAACGGCCGCAGGAAGGUGACCGACAGGAAUUCAUUUGAAUUCCGACACGAUUUCGAGGAUGACCUCGAUGAUUUGGACGAAAAUCCAGACUCGAAUGGCUCGUCUAGUAAGUUUCCUAAACCUGAUGAUUAUGGAGAUGAGGAAUGGGAAAUCAAGUCCUCCAUUGGCCGGGACUGCACGCUUGAUUAUGAGGAAGAGGAAGAUGAGUAUGAUAAAGUUGCUGUUGGCAAGGAGAAAGAUGGAGAUCGGUUGUAUAUGAAAGACAUAACUGACUGUGGUAUUGAAAUAGGUUCAUGCACUGAGCUUCCUACUUCGAUGAGGAAUUUCACCAGAGAUCCACGGGCCAAUCACUUGGCUGCAAAAGUUAGACUCAAGGAAGAUGCAGAAGCUUCCUUGCACGUCUCUGAGAACGGUUCAGUAGCUAUCACUGAUUCUCAGAACCCAAAAUCUAUUCUGAAGAGGAAAGACAAUCAUCUAGAUGCAAAAUCACACAAGCGUGUUCGAUUUGACCCUGAAUGUAAAAUUUCUCGAGAGUCUCAAGGAUCUAAAGAUUCUGCUACAGAAGCUAACUCUUUGCCUGGAGCUGCAGAGGUUGGCAAUGAAGUGACCUUCCGAUAUCAGGCCACUCAAGUCCCAGACUACUUACAAAAUCCAUCAAGAUACACGCAUUAUACUUUUGACUCAUCCGAUGAGGUAGAUGAAGUGUCCAACAAGAAAGCCUAUAUGAAUUUCCUUCAGCUGGUGAGAGAAUCAAAGACGAUGGAGUCGCAUCAGGAUGAUGCUUCAACUGGUCCUCCAAAAUCCAUCACCUUCAUCCCAAAAAAGAAAGCAGGUGAUACAAUAAUGCUUGAAAAUUCUUCCCUGCAGAAUGAAGUUGGGAAGGAGCUUGUGCACCAGAGAGGCAUCGGUAUUGCAGCUGUGGACACACCAACAGAUGAUGUUUGUUCAAUGGAAGAAGAUGAGCCUGAUAAAUUAGACAUUAGAAGAAACAGCUCACAGAAGCCAGGCCGCCAGUACCGAAUGAGAGCUAAUAAGAUGGAGUCGGAGGAGGAGGCCUGAAGCCUGAUUGAUAUAACAAGACACUGCUCUCUUUAAUCACAUCUUUUCCCAUGGUCUUGUUUGUGUUGAACUAUUCUGGAUGGUCUUUUAAGGCACCUUGUUUGAUGUACAAUAUUUUUGGGACAUUGCGGCAGUUAUUGACGGCCCAUGUGGGAUUGGGCAAGUUUACAAUAUAUGCGAACAUUUAACGGUUAAGAAUAUUUGUAGGAUAUUAAAUUUAGUUGUUAUUGACUAUUGGACCAAUCUAUGAUAUACCCGAGCAUAUAAAGCUACAACCUAUGACUUUUGUGGUAA